GCGAGGCUGGGGCGGGAGGGGGAGCGGGCAGGUUCCUUCUGCCUUCCGCGAGCAGCUGUCUCGCCCGGAUAGGCUCGCGGAGCGAAUGGGGCGGCUGCGCUGAGGAGGGGUCGGCGGCUGCGUGGGUGGAUGGGAGUGGGGGGAAAGGCGGGCUGGGCUGAGGGGUAAACCCAGCCAGAGAGAGAGAGAGAGACCCCGCUCCAGCUCGCAGGCGAUGCUCCUCACUUGCUGCCUUGGCCGCCUCCUCCUCCCCCCGGCUUGGAAGCUUUUGUUCUUCUCUCCACUUUGGGGCAGAGGCGAAGUGCUGCAGCCGCCGCCGCCGCCGAAGCCGGGUCUCUUGUCCGCCAGGAAAGUUCCCGGAGGCAGCAGCCCUCGACUCGCGCGUCCGCCUGCCCAGGACCGGGGCUUGUUAUUGUUGUUUUGAGACCAAAGCACUGCCAUGAAGGGUGAAGCUUUACUUUCCCCCUGCUGGAUCUCUAACUACGAUUUGGGCCAUGGCCAUGGAUCAUGACACCACCCUUAUAUGCUAAAAUGCCUUGAAGCCUCUUUAUCUCUCCCUUGCAUUCUGCUCUGUGGGAAGUGAUGUUUUUUUCUGCAAUGCUGACGUCUGCUCAUUCUGGGACAUUCAAUGCAACUUUUAUUGUCUAUGAAAAUAUGUACGCAAAUAUCACCACCCCCUCCUUCUUGGUUCGUAGUGGCACAACGCAGCCACUGAAAUAUCACUUGGGUGCCAUGGUUAUCACUGAGGUAACUACUCUGACAAGCAACACUACAACUGCCCACCCAUUGCAAUUGGGCUCCAAGAGCUUAAGCCUGCCACUCCAGGUAAUUCUUUCUGCUGCCAUGAUAUUUAUACUCCUCGUUUCUUUCCUUGGCAACCUUGUUGUCUGCCUAAUGGUCUAUCAGAAGACUGCAAUGCGAUCGGCUAUUAACAUUCUCCUAGCUAGCCUGGCUUUUGCAGACAUGUUGCUUGCUGUGCUGAACAUGCCUUUUGCUCUGGUAACUGUCAUCACAACCCGGUGGGUUUUUGGGAAUAUCUUCUGCAGAGUCUCGGCCAUGUUUUUCUGGCUAUUUGUCAUCGAAGGGGUGGCCAUUCUGCUUAUCAUUAGCAUUGACAGGUUCCUUAUAAUAGUUCAGAGGCAGGAUAAGCUGAAUCCAUACCGGGCAAAGUUCCUCAUUGCUGUCUCAUGGGCUGCAGCCUUCGUAGUUGCUUUCCCGCUUUCUUUGGGAAACCCCAACCUGCUACCUUCCAGAGCACCUCAGUGUGUGUUUGGCUACACAACAAGCCCUGGCUACCGUGCCUAUGUGAUACUGGUGGUACUGAUUUCAUUUUUCAUCCCGUUCCUGGUAAUGUUGUAUUCUUUUAUGGGCAUCCUCAACACUGUACGGCACAACGCAGUUCGCAUCCACAGCCACCCAGAUAGCAUAUGCCUCAGCCAAGCUAGCAAACUUGGUCUCAUGAGCCUUCAGAGACCUUUUCAGAUGAACAUUGAUAUGAGCUUUAAAACUCGUGCCUUCACCACCAUAUUGAUUUUGUUCAUUGUCUUCAUAAUCUGCUUGGCGCCCUUCACCACCUACAGCCUUAUUGCCACAUUCAACAGCCACUUCGAUCAGAAGCACAACUUCUUUGAGAUAAGCGCUUGGCUCCUUUGGCUCUGCUACCUCAAGUCUGCCCUAAACCCAUUGAUUUACUACUGGAGGAUCAAGAAAUUUCACGAUGCAUGCUUAGACUUGAUGCCGAAGUACUUCAAGUUUUUGCCACAGCUACCUGGUCACACCAGAAGACGUAUCCGGCCUAGCGCAGUAUAUGUGUGUGGGGAGCACCGGUCAGUUGUGUGAAACUUGCAGCAAAGGGACACUUGUUCUUUUUCUGGCU